GUGCGUGUCAUACUGUGUGUGAGCAGUCCUGUGACUCGCUUGUCUGCUCUAGUUAGUUCUUCCAUUUGCCCGAUCUGUCUUGCACGCUGGUUUAUCAGUUUGCUGUUUCGAAUUGUAAUCUCGAAUCUAAAUCGCUGCGUAUUUACCGGAUGGGAAGAACAGAAGAGUGAUUGUACAAUUCUGGGGGAAAUGUCAUCAACUAUUUAUCAAUCUUGUGUUCAUUUUUUAAAACUGACAGAUGAGAGUCAGCGAUACUUUUGUAGUGUCUUUUAAGUAUAAGCUAGACAUCUUACUGGUUUUGUAUUCUCUACGAAGGAUAUCGUCUGCUUAGAGCAGCCUCGUUUUCAAUUUUAUUCAAGGUAAGCGGCGAGGAGAGAGAGAAAUAAAUAGUUUGGUGAUUGGUUGGUCGUCACAAUGGGCAAUGUCCAGUACACACUAAAUAAAGUCGUGGCCAGUAAUAUACUCAGGCGAGGAAAAAAAGCAAGGAUUCUCAUGUUGGGGAUAGAUGGUGCUGGAAAAACAUCGCUACUUUUUAAGAUGUCCGUGCCAGACUAUGUGGUCGGCUCGGCCAUAUCCACACUGGGCUUCAACGUGGAGAAAGUCAAGGUGACCCGAAACGUCCGCUUCACCCUGUGGGACGUAGGAGGCCAGGAGAAACUUCGCCCGUUUUGGAAGAACUACUUCGAAAACACGGAUGGAAUUCUAUUCGUCCUUGACAGCACAAACGAGGCUAGGUUACUGGAAGUGAAAAAUACGCUCGAGAAUAUUCUCCGCAGCCCGUAUCUUAAGGAUGUGCCUGUUGUGAUUCUGGCGAACAAGCAGGACUUUGCCGAUGCCCUGGACAUCAGUGUGCUGGUGGACCGACUGGAGCUGGCCAGCAUCAAGGACAGGCGCUGGUUGAUCCAGGGAACGUCUGCCUUCACGGGUGCUGGGGUCUGGGAGGCUCUGAAGCAGAUGAAGAGAUUGAUGAAAGAAAGUAGUCGACCUUGGAGAAGGGGCUAACAAAUGUCUCAUUUUUAAACUGGUCUAAAAGUUUUCAGGCGUGACGUCUUCGACCUAUUGACCACUCGGCCUUUUGGGCAAGCUCCAACUUCAAAAUGUUGAUACAUUGUUUCGUAACUGGAUUUGAGGCAGUGUAGACUGCUGUCCAAGGCCUCAACCUUAAGGGAAAAGGGCUUUAUAAAUGUCUCAGUUUUAAGCUGCUAUAAAUGUUUUCAGACGUGGCGUCUUCAACAUUUGAUUACCUUAAAAAUCAUGCUCCGGCCUCCACUUACGUAAAUCCGGCACUGGAUGAUUAACUCAUAGUGUACAUGUGAAAUAAUUGAUGGUGUCAGCGGACGUUCAUUAUAGUCUUGUUUGAUAUGAUUUGUUUACAUAACAUACUACAUAGACUCUUCAAAUUUCUUAUAUGAGUUUCUGAUAAUAUGAAUUCAUAACUUCUAAUGAAAGAUAUUUAUGAAUAUUAUUUUCUUUAAUUUCUGAGGGCUAGAAUGAAAUACUACUAACAUUUGCAACGCAUGAACCUAACAUACUUAAUAGAACGUGAUUGUGAUGCAUCUUGAUAUAAUACAUUAUUCAAAUAUGUGGUGUUCAGAAAUGGAAAAUAACAACAAUUCUGAAUACAUCCAAUUGAGACGCCGUAUCAAGAGCUUGUAAGUAGCCUAAAUACUGCAGCUUUAAUACUGCCGCCUUUACUGUAUCCUAAAUACUGCUGCAUAAAUACUGCAGCCUAAAUUCUACAGCCAAAAUAGUGCUGCUUAAUACUGCAGCCUAAAUACUGCUACCAAAAUACUGCAGCCUAAACUAAGACAGUGUGUAUAGCGCCCAGCUCAACAAAAUACAUCGAAGCAACCAGCUAUAUUCAUUUGUAUUAUUUGUAAAGAUUUGUUCAGUUAUUUGUACAACAGGCACAUCACCCGUUCUAUGUAUGAAUUGGCCUUAAUGUAUGGAAAUCUCUAAUUGAGUCACGUUUUAAUCAAACUUAUGUAAAUAAAUUGUUGCUAGCAGACGUGGACUUUAUAAUGUCGGGGCACUGUGCAAGUUGGCAAUAACACUGAACUGCAUAAAGAAAGCAAUGAACUUUCAUUCUCAGAUACUGCUACUUCCUCUGGAACCUUCUAAGCAUCUUUGAUGUCACUACAAACACAAUAUGCAGAAAGCUCAAAACCAAAUGAUAUUUGAUUGACUGAUAUUAUUUUAAACUGCGUUUGGAUUGGCCCAAUCUGUAGUGACGUACUAAAAGUAAUUCUAUGUUGUAUUUGUUCGUAUGCAAUAAUUGAUAUGCGUGUGUUUACCUAACUAACCUUGACCUCCCAGGUCAUGAAUAUGUAUUAUACUUGUUUUUGUUUGUGAAGAUCGUGGCUCUUUGGAGUGCAGUGAACGCAAGGGUUAAUAUUAUUACGUUCUUCAUUGUUGUGUCUGUUUUUUUUAAUAAACUUCACAUAUUUGCAUUUA